AUGAGAGGCCUCCUUUGCUGGCCACUGCCUCUGUUCCUGUUCUUUCUCCAGCCCUGGGAAAUCCAGCUCCAGACCGCAGGUUCUAGGUGCUACACUGGCCCCCUGGAUUUGGUGUUCGUGAUUGAUAGCUCUCGCAGCGUGCGCCCCUUCGAGUUUGAGACCAUGCGGCAGUUUCUAGUGGGCCUCCUCCGUAACCUCGAUGUGGGGCUGAACGCUACGCGUGUUGGCGUGAUCCAGUAUUCUAGCCAAGUACAGAGCGUGUUUCCCCUGGGCGCAUUCUCGCGCCGGGAGGACAUGGAGCGCGCCAUCCGCGCGGUAGUGCCGCUGGCUCAGGGUACCAUGACCGGGUUGGCCAUCCAGUAUGCCAUGAACGUGGCGUUCAGUGAGGCCGAAGGUGCGCGUCCAUCUGAGGAGCGAGUGCCGCGCAUCUUGGUCAUCGUGACCGACGGGAGACCUCAAGACCGAGUGGCUGAAGUGGCUGCGCAGGCGCGCGCCCGGGGCAUUGAAAUCUACGCGGUGGGAGUGCAGCGAGCAGACGUGGGCUCUCUACGUGCCAUGGCUUCGCCUCCCCUGGACCAGCACAUCUUCUUGGUGGAGUCCUUCGAUCUCAUCCAGGAGUUUGGUCUUCAGUUCCAGGGCCGGCUGUGCGGUAAGGACCUGUGUGCUGAGCAGGGACAUGGCUGCCAACACCAGUGUGUCAAUGCUGCAGGAACCUUCUACUGCACCUGCAAUUCUGGUUACAAGCUAGCCCCAGAUAACAAGAAGUGUUUGGCCAUGGACCUCUGUGCCGAAGGGACUCACGGUUGUGAACACCUCUGUGUCAAUUUCCUGGACUCUUAUUUCUGCCGUUGUCGAGCUGGCUUUGCACUCCAGCAGGACCAGAGGAGCUGCAGGGCCAUUGACUACUGCAGCUUUGGAAACCAUAGCUGCCAGCACGAGUGUGUGAGCACCCUAGCGGGGCCACAGUGCCGCUGCAGAGAGGGCCACGACCUGCUGCCUGAUGGGAGGAGCUGUCAGGUCAGGGACUUCUGCAAUGGUGUGGAUCAUGGCUGCGAGUUCCAGUGUGUGAGUGAGGGUCUUUCCUUCCGCUGCCUGUGCCCUGAGGGGAGGCGACUUCAGGCUGAUGGCAAGAGCUGUGACCGGUGCCGGGAGGGCCAUGUGGAUCUUGUUCUCCUGGUGGAUGGCUCCAAGAGUGUGCGCCCACAGAACUUCGAGCUGGUGAAGCGCUUUGUGAAUCAGAUCGUGGAUUUCCUGGACGUGUCCCCUGAAGGCACACGUAUUGGCCUGGUGCAGUUCUCCAGCCGGGUGCGCACCGAGUUCCCUCUGGGCCGCUAUGGCACCGCCGCGGAGGUGAAGCAGGCAGUCCUGGCUGUGGAGUACAUGGAGCGGGGCACCAUGACUGGCCUGGCGCUGCGCCACAUGGUGGAGCACAGCUUCUCAGAGGCACAGGGUGCACGGCCUCGGGACCUUAAUGUGCCUCGUGUGGGCUUGGUAUUCACUGAUGGCCGCUCUCAGGACGACAUUUCCGUGUGGGCAGCUCGUGCUAAAGAGGAAGGUAUCGUCAUGUACGCUGUGGGCGUGGGCAAGGCGGUGGAGGAAGAACUGCGUGAGAUCGCAUCCGAGCCAUCGGAGCUGCAUGUGUCUUACUCUCCCGACUUUGGUACCAUGAUUCACCUUCUGGAGAAUCUCAAAGGCAGCAUUUGCCCAGAGGAGGGCAUUGGCGCAGGGACAGAACUUCGGAGUCCCUGCGAAUGCGAAAGCCUCGUGGAGUUCCAGGGCCGCACGCUGGGGGCGCUCGAGAGCCUGACGCAGAAUCUGGCCCAGCUGACGGAGCGCCUGGAGGAGCUGGAGAACCAGUUGGCUAGCCGGAAGUGA